CUCAAAGGUUCUCACGUUACACUCUACUGCUUUCCGAUUCGUUGACGGGUUUAAAGGCCAUUUCCAACACUUCAAAAUGUAUGUGUAAUCUGGGAAGAAAACUUUGGACUACCUGUGUUCAACUUUUCAAACAGAGGUUUGGUGUUCCCUGCCAAAGUCCUCAACCUCUUCGGACAAACAGAGCAACCAAAAUGUCUGUACUCAGUGGAGUCGAACUAGAACCUCCGCCAAAAGGUUUGAUGGAAGCAUACCAGACCCUCUUCACUACCAAGUCCAUACUGUUCCUCACAGAGCUGACUACCACAUUUCAAGGAGAGGUUGACAAGAUACUAAAGCUGAGGAUCUCCAGGAAGGUUUCUCUUGACCUGACGGGAGAUUUGCCGGGAUUCUCAGAUGAAACGGCUCACAUCCGCAACGACGCGACAUGGAAGGUGCUCCCAGUACCCGAAAGACUGAGGAAGAGGCAUGUGGACAUUGGAGACCUGGCACCCUGCGAUACAGAACGGUUUAUGCAGGGCCUGAGAUCCUCAGCGCAGGGCAUCCAGGUGGAUUUUGAUGAUGGAAACUGCCCAACAUAUCAUAAUCAGAUCAAGGGAAUUUAUAAUGUUUUCAAGGUAGUUCAUAAUCAGUUUCAUGAUGCCCCACCAAUCUCCCAGGCUCCUGUUCUGAUGCUCCGCCCACGAGCCUGGAACAUGGUGGAGCACAACAUGAUGGUGAAUGGAAGGCAGGUGCCUGGGCCUCUGUUUGAUUUUGGGCUGUUGAUGUUUCACUGUGGGAUGCAGCUUUUCGAGAACAGCAGCGGACCUUUCUUUUAUCUGUCCAAGGUUGAAAACCAUCUUGAGGCAAGACUGUGGAACAAUAUAUUUCUUUGGACUGAAGAUAAGCUGGGCCUGCCGGUGGGCAGCGUCAAAGCCACAGUGUUGAUUGAAAGCGUGCUGGCUACCUUUGAGAUGGAGGAGAUUCUGUAUGAGCUCCGGGACCACUCUGCCGGCCUAAACUGUGGCAUCUGGGACUACUCUGCCUCCUUUGUCAACAAGUUUGGUCACCGCCCUGCGUUCCUGCUCCCUGACCGCAGCAAGUACGUGAACAUGGAGAAACAGUUCCUGAAGUCCUACAUGGACCUGCUGGUGCAGACCUGCCAUAGACGAGGGGCGCUGGCCACGGGAGGCAUGGCCGCGCUCCUGCUGCCCAGGGACAAAAACAGCGCCCUCUACAGCAAGGUCCUCGCUACUGUCACCAGGUUAAAAUUACUGGAGGUCAGUGCUGGAGUUGAUGGUUUUAUGGUCUAUGAUCUGGACUUGAUAGAACCAAUGCAACAACUGUUUCAGCAACACACUCAGGGUGAUAACCAGUUAAAUGAGCUUCGGGAUGACCUGUCAGUUACCCCUACCCAGCUACUCACCAUGCCAGCGGGUGGGGUCACUCUCUAUGGCCUGAAGUAUAACAUUGCUGUAGGGAUCCUAUUUAUUGAGGCAUGGCUUAGAGGGAAAGGUCAUUUCUUCUACAAGGGACAAGUGGAGGAUUCAGCCACAGCAGAGAUCUCCAGAUCCCAGGUGUGGCAGUGGAUCCGUCACCAUGCAAGGUUAGAGGAUGACGACAGCGAGGUCACCAGUGGUCUGGUGAAGAGCCUGACCCAGGAAGUGAGGGAAGAGCUAAGGGAAGUCCUACAAUGUUCCACUGUGAGAGAUGUGCAGAGGCUUCUCACUGCUACUUCCAUGUUCCUGGAGGUUGUGCAAAAGAGCGAGUUCCCAGAAUUCCUCACCACCUACCUGAGCCAGGACCACACCUUCCUUGCCUCCCAGGUAGAAAAUGAGGAGGUAGAUGCUGGGGGGGUUCCCAGGCACAAGCUGUGACCCUCCAUUUUGGAUACACAUGGAGAAACUGCCUGCCUUCCAUUGAAAAGGAUAAUAAAUUCUUUCUUCAAUUGAAUAAAGCAAUAAAAUGCAUUCAUAUGCGUCUUUGUGUAUCUUUACAUAAUAAUUUAUCCUUGUAAUCAAAAUGAAUUAUGAAAACACCAGGGUUCGGAGGUUCAGUUGAAGUUAAAGUUUAUGUAAGUCAACUAUGGUUGCAUUUGCCAGGGUUACCCAUCAGAGCCAUUAGAUGUGGUUGAUUGCUCUUCCAGCUUUUGUCCUCAAUUAACAUCUCUAUCUAUUGAGGCAUGCCUGUGAUACACCGAGCUGCCAAUAUUUCUCUUGUAUAAUCCCUCAACCAUUCACAGAUACAACACAGGCCUGCACAGAGAAAUGUCCAUACCAGGUAGUGAAUAUAAAGAUGAAAAACACAAACGUACUGUACAUACAGUAUAUAUAGAUGCUGAUGACUUUGUUUUUGAUGGUAAAUGCAAAUGUGUGAGUGGGAGAUAAGCUAAAAAAAAAAGUCGGACUUCUAUGAAAUGUAAUGCAGAAUAAAAGUAUUUUGUGUUUAUCAAAUUCUCAAAUCCAGAGCGUCUUACAAGUCAUAUCCAGAAAGGUUGAGGCACUGGACAGAGAUAAUGCUGAAUCAUCAGUGUCACAAAAUAAAGUUAAAGUUAAAUUGAA